AUGCCAUGUAUAGAAGUAAAAAUCGAAGAGACAAAUGGUCCAGUGACUUAUGUUAUCCCAACGUGGAGUGCUGCACAACAUCAAAGAGGAAAUGAAGAUGAACUCGGUGAUGUUAAAUUACUUGUCGUAGAUACAUUUGAUGAUGUCAAAUUACUUGUAGAAGAUACACUCGAUGAUGUUAAAUUACUUGUAGAAGAUAAACUCGGUGAUGUUAAAUUACUUGUAGAAGAUACACUCGGUGAUGUUAAAUUACUUGUAGAAGAUGAACUCGGUGAUAUUAAAUUACUUGUCGUAGAUACAGUUGAUGAUGUCAAAUUACUUGUUGAAGAUAAACUCGGUGAUGUGAAAUUACUUGUAGAAGAUACACUCGGUGAUGUUAAAUUACUUGUAGAAGAUGAACUCGGUGAUAUUAAAUUACUUGUAGAAGAUGAACUCGGUGAUAUUAAAUUACUUGUCGUAGAUACAGUUGAUGAUGUCAAAUUACUUGUUGAAGAUAAACUCGGUGAUGUGAAAUUAAUUGUAGAAGAUACACUCGGUGAUGUUAAGCUACUUGUAGAAGAUAAACUCGGUGAUGUUAAAUUACUUGUAGAAGAUACAUUCGAUGAUGUCGAUUCAUCUGGCUUCCAGUAA